AUGGUUUCUAGAUAUGUCGAAGUUUUCCGUAGCUCGGCUGAAGAAAUGGAACAUAGCUUUUAUGCAUCACGUGGAAUACCACCACCAAGCAGUGGGCCUGUCCCGCUGCGUGGCCUGAGCCCAUCGCUUGAGUUCCGUUUUCGUGAACGCUACGGUGGAGAAUAUCCAGGUCGUUUUGGUGGACCCAUGCGACUUUCAAGCGUACAUCUCCGUCCAUCACCAUACGAACGACCAUUUAUGGACAGAGAGCGUUAUCUACGAUAUGGCGGACGCUAUGAGCCGGAAUUUGAGGAUACAAUGUAUGAUCCGGCAAAAGUGUUCAUGCGAGGGCUUCCGUAUAGCGUCACAACACUUGAUAUUGAGGAAUUUUUCCGACCACUCAAUUGCGUUGAAAUAAAAUUGGGCUAUAACGAAGAGCGCCGUCUUUCUGGCGAUGCUUUGGUGACAUUUUCGACAAUGGCGGAAGCGCGUGAGGCUCUGACACGCAAUAAAAAGAAUAUGGGAACUAGAUACAUCGAAUUGUUCCCGGGAACGAGCAUCCCGCAUCCAAUCAAAACAGUGGCAUUCCGUACAGUUAGUGGUGCACCAACACGUCUUGCUGCAGCAGCUCCUCGCCCUUUAUACAGUUCAUUCGCCGAUGGUAAUACUCUUCUUAAAGUGUGCAAUAAUGCCCCUCAUUUUGAUCAUUUUCGUCGGCAUUUUGAGAAUUUUUAUUAG